UCGGACGUGCUCAAGGAGGUGGAGGUGCAGGAGCCGCGCUUCAUCAGCUCCCUCAACGAGAUGGACAACCGCUACGAGGGGCUCGAAGUCAUCUCCCCGACGGAGUUCGAGGUCGUGCUCUACCUGAACCAAAUGGGGGUUUUCAACUUCGUGGACGACGGCUCCCUGCCGGGCUGCGCCGUGCUCAAGCUGAGCGACGGCCGCAAGCGGAGCAUGUCGCUCUGGGUGGAGUUCAUCACGGCCUCGGGCUACCUCUCGGCGCGCAAGAUCCGCUCGCGCUUCCAGACGCUCGUGGCGCAGGCCGUGGAUAAGUGCAGCUACCGCGACGUGGUGAAGAUGGUGGCGGACACGAGCGAGGUGAAGCUGCGCAUCAGGGACAGAUACGUGGUGCAGAUCACGCCCGCGUUCAAGUGCACGGGCAUCUGGCCGCGCAGC